GGUCAAGAAGUCCCAGAGGUGAUGCGGGGCUGUGCAGAAUACACACAAUGGUCAGACAACCUUAUGACUGGAUCGACGCAAACAAUCCACACCUUCCGCAAGAGGAGGACGAUGUGCAGACAUCGCUGUGCAAGGUUGCUUCGCUGUUGCCGGAGGGCAAAAGGGAUGCCACCAGACUUCGCUCCAUCUUGCUGCAGGGAGAUGUCAACCACAAAUCCGUUAUUCGGCGAUUCAUGAUCACACCUCUGGACGUCGCUGGUGGAAUCACUUUCAACGAGGACAACUCCAAGACGGGCAUUGUGGUCAUUAAAGAUGCGCGCUUGGCAAUUUCACCCUUUGCAGGCGAAGGCGUGAACAAAGCUAUGGCAGACAGUGCAGACCUCUGCGACGCGUUGUUGAGCACCGCUCUGCACGAAUUUCACGAAAAAGUUCUUCCCCGAAACCAAGAGGCUGCGGAGAUCUCCGAAUUUAACGCUCGAAUGUUCUUGCCUGCUGCGGAAGAAGGCAAGUCCACGGACCCAAAGGAGGUGCUUCAGCAACUGAGCGCCAGCUUUGCCAGUAGAGGCCCUCCACUAGAUGAUGCCGGCGAUCAAGACGGCGAAGCUAAGAAGGCAGCUUUUCAAUGGAGCAAAGAUGCGAUCCGACGAUAAAGAGCGGCCUCAAAAUGUCGCGACGCACCAAUGAAAUCACCUGCUCCAUCUUUCUAUGCUUCGCCUUCCUUUCACCGACCAACCGAUAUGCUGCAUAUCGCGCCAGUGCGUCUGAUUGUACCAUCGCUCGACCAUCGAGUCUCAGGCUUUGGCACCGUCGCGUCAAGACACCGCACGCGGUUCGGGCCAGGUUGUUCGUGGGCGUCAGACCCCGAGUCGCAGACCAGUGAUUCUCGAAGGCCAACGUACCAAUCCGAAAUGCGAUCGAAUUGCGAGCGAGAAGAUCGUCCGUGGCCAGUCUUGGGCCACUAGUCAGGUGACAGCAGCUCACAUUGACGGCAUGCCUCAAGCCCGAGACAUCCUACUGCUCAA